UCACAUAUGACGAAAAGCUAGCGUGCUAAGCUAGCUCUGCUAAAGUGCUUCAGUGCGAUUUUUUUUUUUUUUUUAUCUUUUAGAGGCAUUCGUCGAGGCUGAGCGGAGAGUCAACAAUGGGUCCGAAAAAGAGAGGAUCAAGGAAAAGGAAAACCGAAGAGGCCCUGGAGGAAGGAAGGGAGGAAGAGGACACCAAGGAUAAGGAGGCUGAGGAAAGAGGUGACAGGAGGAGGAAGGAGCGAGGAAAUAAGAAGUACAUAGGAUGUCAUGUUGGCAUUCAAGGUGGGAUAUGGAAAGCGGUGGAGUCAUGCACGGAGAUGGGUGGCAGCAGCUUCGCCCUCUUCCUGGGCUCCCAGCGCUCAUGGAAGAGACCCGCACUGGAUCAUGCAGCAGCAGCCAAAUUCCAGGAGCAAUGUUCCCUUCAGGGUUAUGAUCCAGCUCACAUCCUGCCCCAUGGGUCCUACCUGAUGAACUGUGGAUCUCCUAAAGAGGAUGUGUUUGAGAAGAGCCAGGCCCUGCUGCUGGAUGAGCUCAGCCGCUGCAGCCUCCUCGGUCUCAGCCUCUACAACUUCCACCCCGGCUCCUCCCUGGGCUCCAUCACCACUGAGCAGUGUGUUGACAAGAUAGCAGGAGCAAUCAACCAUGCUCACAAUCAAACACCCGCUGUGGUUACAGUGUUGGAGAACAUGAGUGGGCAGGGCAGCACCGUGGGUGGCAAGUUCUCUGAGCUGAGGAGCAUCAUAGACCGAGUGAGAGACCAGAGCAGAGUGGGCGUGUGUCUGGAUACCUGUCAUGCCUUCGCUGCAGGAUAUGACCUCUCUGCAGAGGGAGGAGUGAAGGCCGUGCUCGAUGAGUUUGAUAAAGAAGUGGGGCUCCACUAUCUCAAAGCUGUACAUCUCAAUGACUCCAAAGGUAAGCUAGGCUGCAACCUCGACCGACAUGAAGACAUCGGUAAAGGUCAAAUUGGAAUCUCUGCUUUCCGAGACGUUGUCAAUGAGCCCAGACUGGACAACAUCCCGUUGAUACUGGAGACACCCGGACGACCCGGAUUCGAGUAUGCUGAGCAGAUCGAACUUCUCUAUUCCCUCUGUGAGACAAAAUAGAAAGUAACAUCACACAUCGAUAAGCACUGCUUAACCGAAACCAGCCAAGCCACAGCUCGCACAUCUGUGGGAGAAUAGAAGUGUUUGUGGAGGACCAAAGUGGACGGCUGGCUGAACCCGUUCUUCUUUUUAAACACAGUCAAAGUUUGACAUGUUGUUUCCGUCAGUCACAGUUUGAAUGGUUUAUGUAGGUUUUGUCUCUGAUUGAACAGGAGUUGAAUAAAUGUGUUUUCUAAGUUUUAA